GCGCAACUUCAGUAUGUAUGGCGCAAUUCGCUAGGUCGCCUUGUUAGUGUCUUGAUAGGCUGCUGGUAAUUAAGCUUAAUUAAAUCCAAGGUGAAAGAACGCCAUCGGAUACGUCUCUCUUGCUCCCCGCGCCAAGUGCCCACGUGUGGCAUCGGUGAGCUGGACUGGCAGCAAGCUAACCGACCGGGGUAGACUAAUGAGUCAGAACAUGUAACCUUCAGUUUCUGCCCUUGCCUUCUUUGCCAUUUUUCCCUUACUACAUUCACUGCAACCUAGACCGUCUAUCUCUCCUCGUUGCUUGUAACCAAGCACUGCGGCUUAUUGGAUCAUGGUGCUGGGAACAGAGCGCGGGUGCGUCCCCGUCGAGAGACUGGGGAGCACGGUGCGGCAGAACUGGCACAUGGGCUUUACGUCGUUUGGCGGGCCGCCGGUGCACUUCAAGAUUUUUUAUGACAAAUUUGCGGUUAGACUGCGGUGGUUAGAUGAACAAGUGUAUCAAGAACUCUUUAGCGUGUGCCAGGCGCUUUCAGGGCCGGCAAGCACCAAGAUGCAUUAUUGCAUCAACCUCAUCCACGACGGCUUUCUCUCUGCGCUCAUGGGUUUCUUCAUCUGGAGUCUUCCCGGCGCCAUUGGCAUGUACGGCCUUUCCGUCGGCGUAUCCAGCAUCGGCGAGACGCUCCCGCGCCAGGUCUACGCGCUGCUCUCCGGCCUCAACGCCGCAACGGUGGGGGUUAUCCUGCUUGCGGCGGUGCAGCUGUCGGAAAAGGCCAUCACGGACCGUAUGACGCGUGUCAUUGUGUUCCUGAGUGCUUCGGCGGGGCUGAUGUACAAUGCGAUGUGGUACUUUCCGGCUCUGAUGGUGCUUUCUGGCCUGGCCACGGUGGUGCAUGAUUAUCGGUGGUUACAUGGCCCGGUUAAGAAAGUGUUGGCGAUGAUCAAUCGACAGAGGCAGACGGUUGAGGAGGAGUCGGGGAUAGAAAUGCAGACGCGGCAGCCAGCGGUGGCGGGCUCGUCGACUGAGGUGCAAGAUUCCAACACGGCAUCCGCCGAGGACGAGCCCCGUGUCAUCCCAGCUGGCCGACGUCUCAAUGUCAUGUCGUGGAAGCUGGGUCUUGCCCUCAUCGUAGCCUUCUUUACGAGCUUCCUCGUGGUCAUGGUCCUGCGCGGGACGCUUCCCGACCUGCCACUCCUCUACAGCCUCUUCGCCAACAUGUACCUGGCGGGAACCAUCAUCUUCGGCGGCGGCCCCGUAGUCAUCCCCCUUUUGCGGGAGUACGUCGUCGCCGAGGGCUGGGUGAGCCCGCGAGACUUCCUCAUCGGCCUGGCCCUGAUCCAGGCGUUCCCGGGCCCCAACUUCAACUUCGCUGUGUACCUCGGCAGCCUGACGGCCAUCAACGGCGGAUACAGUUCUGCCGCCGGGGCGAUUCUCGCGUUUGUCGGCAUCUUCGCGCCGGGGAUGAUUCUGGUCCACGGAACAAUGGGGUUGUGGAGCGCAAUCCGCGGGUGGCGAUGGGUUAAGGCGGCGCUGAGGGGCGUGAACGCGGCGGCAGUUGGACUCAUAUACACAGCCGUGUACCGGUUGUGGCAGAUUGGGUACAUCGACGAGGGAUACCGCAACGGGACGAGCUUGGCGGUUGAGCCAUGGUGGGUGGUGACGACGGCGACGAGUUUCUUUGGGGGGAUGUGGAUGGGAGCUAGCCCGCCGGUUUCCAUUGUUCUUGGAGGUGUUAUGGGGAUGAUUUGGUAUGGUGUGGUGACUGCUUGAGUGUGAUGAUUUCGCGGCUGGGAAGGGUGAGGUGAGAUGUUGGAU